GGGAAAUCAAGCAAUCUGCAAUAGAAUUAAGGGAGGAAAUCAAGCAAUCUGCAAUUGAUACUAGGAAAAUUAUCCUGGAGGAGUUCCGAUCCUUGUUUGGUGCAAAUUUGGCUGAGAAGGCCAGAGGAAACCAGCAUGGAGGCAAUGAGGAGGCUGGUACUUCUAUGGCUUCUCUUGGAGGAAGGGGAAUUCUUCCUGUGCCAAGGGAGAACAUUAAUACAAGUCAGAGAGGGGCUAAUAGUGCUGGAUCUACAACUAAAGUUGAAGGUAUGUCCAAAUUUUUGCCUAAAGUUAAGUUGAUUACUUUUGAUGGCAAAGAACCUAGGGCUUGGCUAAGGAAAUGUACCAAGUAUUUUGAGGUAUAUGGGGUUCCUAAGGAUCAAAUGGUGGGAAUAGCAAGUUUAUUUUUGAUAGAAAGGGCUGAUGCAUGGUAUCAUAACUGGGUUAAGGGUGAUGGAGGUCAUUCUUGGGAAGAUUUUGAGAGGGAAUUGUGUGGCAGGUUUGGGGAUGAAGGAUUAGGGGAUGUAGUUGAAGAAUUCAUGAGGUUAAGGCAAGAAAACACUCUUGAGGAGUAUCAAGAUAAAUUUGAAGAUAUUAGAAUUAGGUUGGAAAGGAUGAUGCCUAAUCUUGGAGAAGCUUAUUUUCUGUCAAGUUUUGUUGGGGGGUUGAAGGAUGAUAUUAGACCUGUGGUUAAGAUGAUGAAGCCCGUGAAUCUUUCUCAAGCUAUUGAGGUUGCAAGAUUGCAAGAACAACUCAUAAACUCUACCAGGAAACCAAUUUCUUAUUCUAGACCCUACCAAUGUGAUUUCAGAUCUAAUAUCCUUUCAUCUUCAGCACCUAUUACCUAUAAACCUAAUCAACCUACUCAGAAUUAUCCUUAUGCUCCUAAACCCCCUAUAACAGACCAGAAUGCCAAUUCAAAACAACCAAAUUCUGUGCAGAAAACCUUACCUAACACUAGUCAGUCUUCUGUCAACCAACCUACAACUAAAUUUACUUCCACCGAUUACACUAAUUCAAAUACCAUUAGACAACCCAGACCUUGUUUUACGUGUGGAGAGAAAUUCUUUCCUGGCCAUCAAUGUAAACAGAAAACUCUCAUGGCCCUGCAAUUGCAAGAGAAUGAUGCCUCAGUAUUUCAGAUGCAAAAACAAGGAAUAGAUGAGGGGGAAGAGGAAUGGCAUGAUGUUAUAGAAGGAGAAGUACCUGCUGUAUCUGAAAAAGUUGCUCUGUCAGUGCAUGCUAUGGAAGGCAGUCAUGGGGUUCAUACUAUAAGGAUAAUUGGGCAGCAUAAGAACAGGGAAUUGUUGAUAUUAAUAGAUAGUGGUAGUACCAACAGUUUCUUGGGUGCAAGAGUGGCAAAAGAGCUGAAGUUACCUAUUAUUGAAGGGCCUGCAAUUGCUGUGACAGUAGCUGAUGACAGGAAAAUUUCUAGCAGCAGCAUGUGUCCUAACUUUAGAUGGGGAAUGCAGCAACACUCUUUCGUAUUUGGCUUCAAGCUAUUAGACAUGUGGAGUUUUGAUAUUAUUUUGGGAGUUGACUGGUUGAGGACAUUUAAUUCCAUUUUAUUUGCUUUUCAGCAAUCAAGAAUUACUUUCCAGCAUGCAGGGCAGUUGGUUACAUUGCAAGGAAUCAAUGAUUUGGGCACUCGAUCUAAAUUUCUGCACUGUACCAGUUCUCAAUGUAAAUUGUUGCAUGGGAAGGGAAUGUUCAGCAGUAAUUCUGGUUAUACUUUUGCUGCAUCAACUGAUUUACCAGGGAUAAUUUGCAAAUUCUUCAGGGCCUUGUUAAGUGCCAGCGGAAGAAGCUACAUGGGGGCUCAAAUCAUUUGUCCUAGCUCAAUUUCUUAA